AUGACUCGUUUUGUAAAGCAACCACAAAACAACAAACAUCCAAAAAAUUCUCCAUGUCGUUCUCACACAGCAACGCCUGUUUUACCAGAAGAGAAUACUAAUUCUCCUCAAUACAAUCAAGAUAAUGAACCUAUAUCAAAUACUUGUAUUACAAUCGGCUCUGGCAACAAGCUUAUUGAAGAAAAUGAAGAGCAAGUUGAAAAAAUUACAGAAGAUAUGAAACGCUUUAAGGCAGAGAACGAUGCAUUAAUUUUUGUAAAUAAAGAACUUGAAGGAAUUAAUGAUAAAUUGAAGGCGGAAUUUGAGCAAUCUAAGUUGCUUUACCGAUUAUUCUAUAAAGGUUAUAUCAAAAUCGAAGGGCAAAGUCAAAAAAUACAUGUUGAAUCCCAAGAAUCAGAUGAUGAAGUAGCAAGGACUGAGAUAAAAGAAAUAUUAAAAACAUUAUCGUCAGAAUAUGAAAUGAAAUACAAUAAAGUUUUUAACAGCGUAGAUAAUAAGAAAAUCCAGAAUAAAUUAGUUCCAGAAUUCUUGAGAUCAUUACGGCCAUGUUAUAAUCCUUCAUACCUCAAAUUAAAAAAGUGGCUUCAUACUUUACAUAAACACCAAAGAGAUAGCUAUUUAUUAGCAUAUAAAGGAGUUCAAGAUCAGACCAACAGGUGGAUACACAAUAAUAAUUGA